AUGUUGGGCACUGGACUUGAUGAUGCAAAUACCAUUAGAUCGGAAUAUCCUCCAAUCGCGCCGGUGGCAUCAGCGGGCCGGGAUGUGGUGCUCACGACCGCACCCGGCGGAAACAACAAGAAUCUUGCAGAAUCGUCAAGCUGGGUAGAUCCAGCAGUGCCGGUGACAGGUAUCUUUCCUGGAACCGUUUCAUGGCCCUCUGUCAGCGAGUUGACCACACAACCAGCACCAAGUGAGACAUCGACUGUCAAUGGUAUCAGUUCAGAAGCGAGUCCAACCAGCCUACUGGAUACAACUUCAUAUACUCCAUCACCAACACAAACACAAACACCCUCGACCACACCGUCAAUUUCAAACCUAUCCGCUCUCGCAUCCGCCCCAACAACAACCACAAUCUCAGCCUCAUCCUCAGAAACAACCUCAGCAACCAGCGACCCAACCGCUUUCUCCGGUGGUCCAUCAAAAACAACAAAAAUCGCCAUAGCAGUUCCAGUAUCAGUAAUCGGCCUAGCUCUAAUCCUAGCGCUCGUAUUCUUCCUCUCCCGACGACGACGCCGGGAAAAGGAACGGAACACCCUGCCACCACCCUACGACAUAGCAACAGGCCAUCGAAGCGGAGUAUCAACACAAGAGCUAAUGAUAUCUCCUAAAUCCUCGACACCAGAACCAAGACGUUCACUUUGCACCCCGGCAAUGUCCUCAGCGGCCACGUCCAUGCCCAUGCUCAUGCCCCGGAUCCCGAUUAUCAGCAUCUCGCCCUCGACGGAAAGUCGGGGCCGAACGCCCAGUCCCCGUCCUAGUCCUGGCUCGAGCUCCGUGCACCGCACAUCUAUGGCGCCUGGACCUGGUGAUUCUGAGGCGGAACUUGGGGUUGCGGUUGCUGUUUCGAUGGAUCAGAGGCGGAGUGCUACGGAGCAGGAUUUUAGGAGUCGGGUUGGGUCUGUUACGUCGUCGUCGAGGGGACCGUCGCGGUUGGCUAGGAUGCCGUUUGAGGAUUUCUCGGAUGAUGAGGUUGGUAUUGGCAUUGCUGUUGGUGGUUCGGAUGAUGAUGAUGACGCUGUUUCUGAUGUGUCUGAUUUGGACGGGCGGAGGAGGGAGAGGGACCUUGAUGAGGUUUCUGUGGUGUCGUCUUUUGAUGAGGUGUCGCCGAUAGGUGAGCAGGAGAGGAGGCGGUUUCGGGGAGUUUGA